GCACAUCUCUCUGUCUGGCUGUGCGAAGAGUGAGACAGAAGCAACAGAGCAGCUGAAGGAAGCCGCCGGGGAGGGGCUCUUUGUCAGGAAGGAAUAUUCCUCACUACCUGGAGUAAACACGCUUUUUAUUCUCCGUGACACAACACAACACAGCCCAGCACGGCUCGGCUCAGCCCGGGACUAACUCUUCCUGUCGGGGGCAGAAGCCAACACAGAGGGGUGGAUGUUAUUUUGCGGCACCUUGCACUGCUUUUCUUCCUCCUCCUUCCUCUCCUCUCCGCCGCACUGAUUUAUUUGCCACGGACCAGUUUGUCUGUGAGAACCGGCUCCGGUUCCUUUGCUCUCCCCCUCCUCUUCCUCCCCUCCUCUCCUCUCUUCCUCCCCUCCCGGUCACUCCUUCUUUCACCCUCCUUCUUCUUCUUUUUCCUGCCUUCUUGAUCCGCGAAGAUGCCCAGCUCGCUGUUCGCCGACAGCAACGUCCAGGGAGACGCACUGGACGAGCAGAGAGCGCUGCAGAUCGCCCUGGACCAGCUCUCGCUGCUCGGCCUGGACAACGACCAAGACCCGCUCUUCGACAACAACCAGGAGCCCCGGAAGAAGAGCGUCAACAUGACCGAAUGCGUCCCGGUUCCCAGCUCCGAGCAUGUGGCGGAGAUUGUGGGCAGACAAGGUUGCAAGAUCAAAGCGCUCCGGGCGAAGACAAACACCUACAUCAAGACCCCGGUUCGAGGCGAGGAGCCUGUUUUUGUGGUGACGGGACGGCGGGAGGACGUGGCCAUGGCGAGGAGGGAGAUCAUCUCCGCUGCCGAGCACUUCUCCAUGAUCCGAGCCUCCAGGAACAAAAACACCAGCCUGAACGGAAGCGGCACCCCAGUCCCCGGACCCCCGAACCUGCCCGGACAGACCACCAUCCAGGUGCGGGUGCCUUACCGUGUGGUGGGGCUGGUUGUGGGCCCCAAGGGGGCCACCAUCAAACGUAUCCAGCAGCAAACCCACACCUACAUCGUGACGCCCAGCCGAGACAAGGAGCCGGUGUUUGAGGUGACGGGGAUGCCCGAGAAUGUAGACCGAGCACGGGAGGAGAUUGAAGCCCACAUCGCCAUGAGGACGGGCGGCCUCAUUGAGCUCCAAGAUGAAAAUGACUUCCACGCCAACGGUACUGAUGUGGGUUUUGACCUGCAUGGUCACCCCACCCUGUGGUCCAAGGCCAGCGCCGGGAUGAACCUCACCUCGGCUCGCAAGCCCUUCUCCAACUACCGCAACGACUCGUCCUCCUCCCUGGGCAGCGCCUCCACAGACUCCUACUUUGGCAACAACAGCUCCCGCAUGGCGGACUACAGCCCCCCCAGCCCCGCACUCAGCUACACCACCACCACCAACAACAACGGCAACAACAACAACAACAACAUCAACGUCAACACCAACGGCAACGGCUUCGUUUACGGGAGUGACGUCAUCUCGCCCGACUGCACUGACAUGACUUUUGACUCCUCGCCGGGGUUCGACACAACACAAGCCCCGCCUGGUUUCCUGUGGUCUCAGUGUGACAGUCGCAUGACGCCCUCCUCCAACGGAGGCAGCUCCCCCACCUCCACCUCAGCCAUGUUCCCCACCAACACCUCCAACAAUGCAAACGGGGUAGCGGUGAAUCAGAGAAGGGUUAAUGGAUGUACCCCGCAGCCCAGACUCUCACCUCCACUCCACGGCCACACCGGAGGCACCGCUGAGCACCCGCUCGCACGGAGGGUGCGCAGCGAUCCCGGCGGCGGUCCGCUCAGUUUCCCCGGUUACUCCAGCACUAUCGCCUCCCUGCCCGGAGUUCCGUGCGACUCCUCCAACUCGUCGUCCUCCUCCUCCUCGUCCUCCUCCACCUCAUCCGGCACGAGCCGGAAGGGCAGCCGCGACUGCUCGGUGUGCUUCGAGAGCGAGGUCAUCGCAGCUCUGGUCCCCUGUGGACACAACCUGUUCUGUAUGGAAUGCGCCAAUCGCAUCUGCGAGAGGAGCGAGCCCAAAUGCCCCGUCUGCCACGCCGGCGUCACUCAGGCUAUACGUAUAUUUUCAUAAGAAGUGUGUAUCUCUGUGACUGUUCCUGUCAGCGAGACUGGCGACAAUAGCAACAACAGACUCUUCGUACUGCUUUAACGGGAUCGCCCGGGUCCUGGUUUGGAACGUGUACAUAGAUAUACAUAUGUAUGUAAGAGGCUGCAGUAUCUAGACGAAGGGGCCGACGCCCUCUUUGGGGGUCGUCGUUGUGAAUAAUAGACUGUAGCUUUGAAAUAUUUUCAACAUCUAAGUGCAUGUUUUAAAUAUUACAGCAUAGUAAUCAAUAGUUCUAGUAAAUUGUACCCUAUAUUUAUGUAACGAGGAGACACAGCGGUCAGUGGGCUGUUAGCGGGCUGUGGCUACAUCCUUAGCACUGCGUUUUCAUUUCAAAUCGGCGGCGGCGACAGCGGAGAAGUCAUUUUCCUCACAAUAUACGACUAACGAGUAAAGUCAGACAACGUGCACUGAGUGUGGUUUUAAAAAGUCCGUCCAGACUGGGUUUUCAAAAGUGAACCGAGCCGUUAAAGGUCCAGUGUGUAAGAAUUCAUGGUGACGUGGCCCUCGCCAACCAGAAAGGACGUCGUCAUCGAGUGUUAUACUUCUAAAACUGGCUGUUAAAGCGUCUGUAACUUCUGCCUAAAGUCGGUAUCAAAGGUUUAUUUGAAGACUAAAUGGUAAAUAAUAAGA